GAAUAUCGGUUUUAAUAAGAGGAAGUACUUUCAUGUAUUCGAGGUUGCCUUUAUUUUAGAGCAAAGACACAUGAAUAGUUAAUUGAAGCGAUUUUACGUUUGUUCGUGAGUGCGAUGCUGGAAUAGUUGAUGAAGCAAAAGAACAGCAGUUGAAGUUGGAGCAUUUUAACACUAUGCGCGAAGCACUAUUUGCCCAAGAUGGGUGGGGAUGUCAGCAUGUCAAUCAGGAUACAAAUUGGGAAGUGCCCAGUUCACCGGAACCAACCAAUAAGGAUGCAAGCGGUGGACCGCCUAUGUGGAAGCCCAGCAUUAACAAUGGUACCGACUUGUGGGAGUCGAAUUUAAGAAAUGGCGGUCAGCCAACGGCUCAGCAAGUUCCAAAGCCCUCAUGGGGUCAUACGCCAUCGUCCAACUUGGGCGGAACUUGGGGUGAAGAUGAUGAUGGAGCGGACAGUAGUAGUGUUUGGACGGGAGGGUCAUCGGGGAUCAAUAACGUCGCCGGAUCUGGACCGACAGUGGGCCAAGUCGUGAAUCAAGGCGGCGGUAAUGGUGGAGUAAAUGUGGGACCCGGUGGUGUUGUUGUCUCAUCUGGUGGACCACCACAGUGGGGACAAAAUGUGAUUGGCGUCGGAAUUGGAGCAGCUGGUGCUAGUGGUUCUGGAAACCUAUCAGGAACUCCAGGUGGAGUCGUUCCUGGGAGCGGUGGCAGCAAUGCCACAAAUACAGGCAACGGUUGGGGCGAUCCUCGUGAAAUUCGUCCACUGGCUGGAGGAGGUGGUGGAGGAAACAGCGCUGGCGCCGGUUCGAUGGAUAUUCGCAGUGUGGUGGUGGAUCAUCGUGGCGGUAAUGGCAGUGGAGGAGGAGGAGCAUCUUCGAACGAUCCACGCGAUAUUCGCAUGAUUGUUGAUCCAAUGCGAGAUCCCAUACGCGGUGAUCCCCGAGGAAUCUCUGGUCGUCUUAAUGGCACAUCCGAAAUGUGGGGACACCAUGCUCAAAUCUCGCAUAGCCAAAAUAUGCAGAACUUGAAUAAAAUGGCAGCUCCAACUGGAGUUGGAACCACUGGAGGAGGUCCUGGUCCUGGUCCCAAUUCCGUAUCUAACAAUAUAACCUCGCAGUGGGGUCCACCAACCCAGGGCGUUGGUGUUGUGAAAGACAUAUCGAAGCAGAUUUCAGGAUGGGAAGAGCCAUCACCACCGCCACAAAGAAGAAGUAUACCCAACUAUGACGAUGGUACCUCGUUGUGGGGACAACAGCAGCAAGGUCGUGUUGUCACCCCAGCUGCUGCCGGCGGUGGUGGUCAUUGGAAGGAUAUGACGGAUUCAAUUGGUGGACGUGGCAGCCACUUAAUGCGUGGCAAUGUUCCAACAGUUGGAGCUAAUCCCAUGACCAGUGUUGUAGUUGGACCACAAUCUCGAUUAGCAGCACAACAUAAACCGGAUAGUAAUAUGUGGAUGCAGAGCGGUGGUGUAAGGAAUCCUUCAGGGGUAGUGACUAAUACUUGGGGUGAUGAUGCCCAUGGCGCAACCAGUAGUGUUUCCUCUGUCAACAAUUGGUCGGAUGAGAAGGCCAAUCAAUCUUGGAGCGAUUGGGGAAGUAAUAAUAAGCCAAGCAAAGCAUCUACAUCCGGAUGGAGCGGCGCCGGUGUUGGAACUAUGGAUGGUGUUGUGGAACUCGGCAACGAUUGGAAUCCACAUGGGGUUAGUGGAAUCAUUGGCAAAACCCAACAACAGCAAAAGCUCGUUGGAAUGGUUAAUGUGAUCAACUCUGAUAUGAUUAAGCAAAGUAAACAGUAUAGAAUUCUCGUCGAGAAUGGCUUCAAAAAAGAAGAUGUCGAACGCGCAUUAAUCACAGCGAAUAUGAAUAUUGAGGAGGCAGCCGAUAUGUUGCGCAUCGGAACAUCCUCAACAUCAUCGUUGGCCAUGGACGGGUGGCGGCGACAGCAGCAACACGAUGACGGGCUUGUCGGAUCCUCCUACUCCGACCACUCGGGCACAGCGACAGGAGGGAGUGGUGGAGGAGGCGGAUUCGCUGGACGAUAUCCAGUUGUUGGCAGCGGAGGACAGCAGCCUUCAAUAGGGUUUUCUCAUAAUAAUCCAAUGAAUAAUAUGAGUAAUACAGCUGUUACUAGCGGUGGCAAUAACAAUGCCAACAAUAUGACCGCCUUGCAAGUGCAAAAGUAUUUAAAUCAAGGUGGAGGACCACAUGGCCCUCAACCGGUUGUUGGAAAUGCGGUAUCUUCGGUGGUAUCUGUGGGAUUUGGUGGCCAACAAAAUACAUCAAAUGCAGCAGGAGUGGUCGGAGGAGCUGGAGUUGGAGUUGGCGUAGCAGCAGGGGCAGGCGUAGCUCCUGUUAAUUUAACAUCGGCAAAUACAAACAAUCAACAGCCGUCAGGACAGCAGAUACGGAUGUUAGGCCAGCAAAUACAAUUGGCCAUUCACAGCGGGUUCAUAUCCAGUCAGAUAUUAACUCAGCCGCUAACACAAACAACAUUGAAUCUGUUGAACCAAUUACUUAGCAAUAUUAAGCACCUUCAAGCUGCCCAGCAGUCGCUUGCUCGUGGCGGGAAUGCAAAUCCAAUGGCGGUUAAUGUGGCCAUUUCCAAGUACAAGCAGCAAAUUCAAAAUUUACAAAACCAAAUAAAUGCACAACAGGCGGUGUAUGUUAAGCAACAACAACAGCAGCAAAAUAUGCAACCAAAUUCACAACAGCAGCAACAGCAACAACAACCGCAACAACAUCCCCCGGCACAUAUGAAUACUUCUAACAAUGAUUAUCUUAGGGGUCACGACGCGAUUAAUAAUUUGCAAAAUAACUUUACCGAGCUCAAUUUAAAUAAGUCAUCUGGUGGCUACCAAGGUGCGUCCAAUCAACAAUCCCGUUUAAAUCAGUGGAAGCUUCCAGUAUUAGACAAGGAUAUCAUAAUAAAUCCGGAUAGUUCAGAUUUUUCACGUGCUCCCGGUGCCACAAAGCAAAAUUUGACAAGUAAUUCAAGCAAUGUUACCUCCUUGGGCUUACAAAAUGAUGGUACUUGGUCAACUGGUCGCAACAUAGCUGACGGUUGGCCCGAUCCUACAUCUGAUAAUGAGAAUAAAGACUGGUCAGUAGUUGCUCAUCAGCAGCCAAGUUCGGCAGCAGCAGCAGCAACUGCAUACACCGAUUUGGUACAAGAGUUUGAGCCGGGGAAACCUUGGAAGGGUUCUCAGAUUAAGAGCAUAGAAGAUGAUCCCAGCAUUACACCUGGUAGCGUGGCACGAUCUCCCUUAUCCAUCAAUCCGACGCCAAAAGAUGCUGACAACAUAUUAUUCACCAAUACUACAACGACAGCUACAAGCAAAAACUCACCGACUGACUUGCCGCCAUUAAGUUUAUCGUCAUCUACAUGGAGUUUUAAUCCAAAUCAAAAUUUUCCAAGUUGGUCGGACAACACUCAACAAUGCGCUGCCACCUCAGAGCUUUGGACAAGCCCUUUAAAUAAAUCUUCGUCGCGGGGUCCGCCGCCCGGAUUGACUGUCGCUGCAAAUAAAUCUGGCAACGGUGUCGGUAGCACAUCGUCCACACCUUCUUCAACAGCAAAUGGCUGGCUACAGCAGACCCCACGAAGUGGAGGUGGCCAAACAACAAAUGCAACUUGGACUUCUUCUAGCGGCAAUUCAUCUGCAUGGGGCUCCAGUUGGUUACUACUUAAAAAUCUAACAGCUCAGAUUGAUGGGCCCACAUUACGUACAUUGUGUAUGCAGCAUGGUCCCCUUAUAAAUUUUCAUCUGUAUCUAAGCCAAGGUAUUGCCUUAUGUAAAUAUGCAACGCGCGAAGAGGCCAACAAGGCGCAAAUGGCUUUAAACAAUUGUGUUCUGGCCAACACAACUAUAUUUGCCGAAUCUCCAAGCGAUAACGAAGUGCAGAACAUAAUGCAGCAUUUACCACAACAACACGGAUCUACUCCCUCGGUAAACUCGAGUGCUGGAAGUAAUACAAGCACUUCGGCUCAAUCAAAUAGCAGUACCGUCACCACCAACGGAAAUGGCAACAGCGGCAGUGGCAAUGGCAAUAGCAGUAACAGUGGAAACGGUGCUUCUGGGAGCAAUGCGAACUCAAACUCUAGUGUGAGCAGUUCGAAUCUACUUAAUUCUACUGCUGGUGGAGGUGGAAAUGUUUCAAAUGUCUCAAGUGUAACCAGCACAGGUACGAGUUCGGUUAAUGCAGCAAAUAAUGGCGGUGGAACGGUGGGAAGUGGAAAUACCGUUUCUGGUUCAAAGAGUAGUGGAAACUCUUCUAGCAAUGUAGGCAACAGCAGCAGCAGCAGCACAAAUAAUUCGCAAUGGCGCCAAACUAGCCAAAAUCAAGCAAGACCAUCCGGCCGAGAAGCGGACUUUGAUUAUGUAUCUCUUGUUUAUUCCAUUGUUGAUGAUUAAAAUGAUCAUCUUUGACUAUAUCGCAUUCUGUGACCAUAAAACACAAACCCAACAAAAGCUUCAAAAUGAUUCAAUAGUAAAGACCAUGUUGUGAAGAUGAAAAAUAUAAUACAUAUAUGUAUGUAUAAAUAUAUGUACGUAUAUGUAUUUAUACAUACAUAUAAUAUAUAAUAUGGAUCCGACUGAUAGACGAAAAUGGACUUAGAAUUUUUUGUAUGAUGCCCGUAAAUUUAUUUUUCUUCAUCGCGUUCAUAGAUAUUUAAAACAAAACUUGUAUCUGUGUAAGUUAACAUUUAAUCAAAGAUAUAUAUAUAUAUAAAAAACUUUAAAGCAAGCAAGCAUAACCUUCCUAUUUAAGUAAAAGUGAUUGGACUCUUGAUUCUUAAAAUGGAAAUAUAGAAAUUCUCGGCAAGGUAUAAAAUAUAAUGUCUGUGCAUUAAAAACUCAUAUAAUGUACGCAUCUUGACAUUAUAUAUACUUCUUAAUGCAUAUGUGUGUUAUAUGGAAAAUGUAUGUAGCUAUAUCUAUUUUCCUAUAACGAACUGAAGUCGAGUGAAUGUGGCGCGGUAGCAUAUAAUUCAGGGACACCGUCUUAAUUUAAUUAUCAUAAUCUCUGAAGCCUUGACAUAGGAGCAAAACAGAGAAUUGUACUAAAGGAUGCAUAUGAUGUACAUAUAUAUAUGUA